UGGUCCGUCAUAAAAACCAGGAACUGCCGUAUGGAGAAGUGGUGCGUUGGCAUUCAGGAGAAAUUUGGAUCAAAGUACCCCAGAAACGAUCAAUUCCAGCCCCGAGCCAUCACAAACACUGUAGCUUUUUGUCUGUAAUGAGGAAACGUCUCAUGUGAAAGAACAUUUUCGGGAUUUUCGAUCUUUAUUCCCCCCCCCCCUUGUCAGACAGGGGACAAAAAAUGGGAAGGAAGGAUGCCAGCGCGACCCAAUUACCCGUCGAUCAAUACAGGAAGCAGAUUGGCAAACAGGACUACAAAAAGACCAAAUCAGUCUUAAAAGCAACUCGACUGAAGGCUGAAGCAAAGAAGAAGAAUACCUCUGGUUUCAGGGAUGCGUUCCUGGUUGUUGUAGCAAUCCUAUUUUUUGUGCUCUGCGUUUACGCCUUCUUCUACCUCAACCUGAGCACGGAGAUCAACCUGGACUCAGAUUAACUCCUGCUGGAGUUUGGAGGUCCCCCCCCCCCCCCCCCCCCCCCCCAGGUUUAGACCAAAGGGGAAACCACAGAAAGGCGAUCCUUCCCGAUGUCCUGCGACGCCUCACACCAAACUAUCCGUGAUCAAAAGGAUUCCAUCAUAUUGACAAAGUAUCCACAACGAAGAGUCUUCGUAAGAGAGACAAUAAUUGAUCAAAUAAACUGAUUUCAUUCUUUGAAAACAAAAGUUAUGCUUCAUAUCUAGAAAGAGGUUGACACAUUUUUCUUGAUUUUUUUUUUUUGUCCUGUGAUUGAUUUAGCACCUUCUGUUAUGCUACCAUUGUAAAUCAAUGUCAUGUUUUUUUAGUUUUGGCAUACUAUUUUUCAUAAAGAAUUCACACAAAAGCUACAGUCGGAACCCAGUUCUGAGAAUCCUCCUGAGCGUAGGCACGCCCCACUGUUUUCCUCGCCAACAAAAAAAAUGCAGAUUGGCUGCAGCGGGCGCCGUCACGUUGACACAAACGCUCGCCUCACAUUCCAGCACACAGAGCGCUCCUCCUGGAUGUGUGCAGAUCUCAAAGUGUGAGAUUAGAAUUCACAAAGCCUGUCCCAAGGUGUGUGCGGAAUGCCGAACAACAGCACACGUGCACACGGAGCAUGGCAGCUCAGGAAAAUCGAUGAAAAUGCGACCCGCUUCUUUCUGUUGAAUGUGGGGAGAAAUAAUGACUUAAAAGUGGCGUGAAUUAAUGCUUUCUCCCAACGAUUGCAUGAAUGUUUCUCUCCUGGCUUGUGCAUAUUGUUCUCUGGCUGAUGUGUCUCCACAGAAAGAAAUGUGAAAGGUGGUGUAUUUGUUCUUUUUUUUUACUGCUUCACUCUUUGUGCAGCAGGCCUGAAAGGUGUAAGAGCUGACCUUCAAUUAGCCAGCUGAACCCUUAGUGCUUCCACUAAGAGAUUCAUUGUUUAGAAGUACAGUGUCAAGGACUUUUAUCAUAUGACAUACCGUUUUUCUUGUUUUCGGGUAAAUUGCACCCAUUUAUUUUUUCCUAAUGGGUUUUUCUAUUUCUAUUUUCAUGUUUUGCUAGGCAAAAGCAAUGCUUGAAUUUCUUAGAAAUAUAUAUUUGAAAAAGAUUGAGAAAAAAAGCUAAAAAUACAUGAGCUGAAAGGCCUUUCGACUUCUUUCAUUCCACUCUUUUUGUUUAAAAGUAAAACUCAAGUUUGGUUUUUGCUUGAAUGUCAUUUCUGAAAUUUGAGCCUCUAGCUUCUGCUUCUUCUCUGCUUUUCUCCCAUGACCUCCUGACCUCUUGUAAAAGACGACACGUCAAAGAAACCAUUAUGAUAAGCAUGAAGCCCUACCAUUCAUCUGUGACUUUUAUCUGGCCUCCAUUCCACCGGCCUCCUCUCGCCAUGGCAGGGACUUGAAUGUUACAGCAAUAAAAAGCCUUUUGUCCUUACAGACCUUCAUACAUGACACCUGUGUUUUUAAAGGUCGCUAUGUGCUACCAGAAGUCAGAAGCUUCAUGGGAAUGAUCUGCGAAGUUUGUUUUUGUGCGUAAAAUAAAUAUUUUUUGUGGUCAGGUUUUUGUGUGUUUUAGUGGAAAGUAAAUGUUUGAUUUGCUCUGUUUACAAAUUUGAAGGAUUCUGUUGGUUUUUAUAUAUUUGGGUGUUUUUCUGUCAAAAUAAUAAACAUUAUUACUACAAU